CGACGUUUGUUUUUUUUUACCUGAGUAUUAGAGAUCUAUCCCAGGAUGUCUUCCAAAGAUAUAAUUAGGAAAAAUAAAACCAAACUUCAGGAUAUUCUUUGUGGAAACUACAAACUUAUCCUGGACAAGGUUUAUGAGAAGGAACUGAUAACUCAGAGGGAUUACAAAAACCUGAAGAGCAUCAAUAAGGAAAAUUUGAGCGGCCACGUUACAGAGAUGGUGGAUACGAUCAUGGAUAAAUCAGAGAAGGCCUGCAAGGACUUCCUGUACCUCCUGCAAACUGAUCAGGCUGUUAAAGAAACUUUUCUUGACCUGGAGAACCUCCAACUUAGAGGCACCAGGGUUUUACCAGCGCCAGUCCAAACCACCUCACCUGAUGAAGGGAACAUGGAGCCAGAGUGCAAAAGGCAGAAGAAGGACUUUUAUAAAAUAAACAGCGAGCCUGUUGGUUGCUGCCUGAUCAUAAACAACGAGAAAUUCCCGAGCCUAUCUGUUGAGAACGGAAAACUGAGAAGAGGAACAGACAAAGAUGCUGAAAGCCUGGCAAAGGUGUUCAGCUGGCUGGGCUUCAGAGUGCUGAUGUGUAAAGACCAAACUAAGGACAGGAUGGAUCAGACACUGCAGUGCUUUGCUUCUCCUGGUGAUGCCAUCCAGGUGCAGGACCUGGUCAUCAAAGAAUGGUCUGAGAACCGCUUCACUGACCUUCAGCAGCUCCCUCACCAUGGCGACGUAUUUGUUUGCUGCAUUCUGACCCACGGAGCUCAGGGUGUAGUUCUGGGUACAGACUUAGAGCCUCUUGAGAUUAAAGAAAUUAAACAUUUUUUUGGGGCCACUGAUCAGUCGCCCCUCACCGGCAAACCCAAAGUGUUCCUGAUCCAGGCCUGCCAGGGACCUAACAUGCAACAGAGAGUGUUGCUGAAUGAUCUGGAGGAGGACAGUUCCACCUCCAUCCCUGAGGCAGCAGAUAUUCUGGUUGCUCUAUCCACUGUUGAAGAUUAUGUAUCUCUUAGGGAUGAAGACGAAGGAAGCUGGUUUAUCCAGUCUGUGUGUGAGCAGCUGUUGGAGCAAUGCCCCGGGGGUGAGGACAUAAUCUCCAUUCUCCACCAUGUAAAUGACCAAGUGUGCAAGAAAGAGGGCUCUAUAUAUAACAAGAAGCAUAAUACAUAUAUUCGAGCAAAACAGGCACCUGAGCUGCACUCCACUCUGAGGAAGAAACUGGUUCUUUUGCCAAAAUCCACAUAGAGAGCCACAACUUCUGCAGACAGUUCUGGCUUUUGUUCCUUUUAACCCUGAAAAUGUUUGACAGAAAUAUUAUCC